CAUUCUUCGCAUCAAAAUCUCCUCUUUUACACAAUUCUUUAUCUUUUUGCUUCAUUCAUGGCCGGAGGAAAGAAGACAAAGGUUUCCAAGAAGAAGGGCAACACCGAAGCUACGACCUCAGCGCCACCGCCGUUCCCCUACCUGGACGGCUCGUUUCUUGAGUUCGGGUCGGAGGAGGAACUCAACCGGUUCCUCACGCACUUUGCCAAGCGUCCCAUUUCUCCGCCUAGGGUGCUGCCCGAGUUGUACCCUCAGCAAAAGGGGUACCACGACCUCGACAACCAGCUUCAAGCAUCGGGUCUGUGGUCGUUCGUCUCCAGGAGCCGCUCGAGCUUCAAUCCCGCCUUUGUCCAGGCUUUCUAUUCCAAUCUCCGCCGUGACGGGGACACCAUUCGCAGCAGCAUCAAUCUCUACGACAUAGAGAUUGAUUUGCCUACCUUCGCUCGGGUCGCAGGGCUGCCCAUCCGCGGUGACGACAUCGCAACCUAUGGUGGCGACGAUUGGAUCCUCAACAACGAGGCGGUCAUCAUUCGUGAGCUUGGGAUCACCAACUUGAUCCGCCACAGCGGCGCACCGACGAUUCACUCGGCCUCACCAGACAAGCGCCUCCUCCGCCCGGAUUCUCCGCCCCCGAGACAGCAGCCAUACCUCGCUCUUCAACGAGGACUUGAAGGCGAUUCAUGCCAUCAUCCACGCUUGCCAUACGCCUUCCUCAUCAUGGACCUCAUCAUCUCCGCCGACAUCUCCAUCGCCGGCCCGGAUACGAAGAUGACAAAGAUUUGGAUAAUUCAUGACAGCACCUUCCGGAAAAAGUCCAGAGACCGGGACGGCGCAGGCCCAAGUCGUGCACCAGCCCCCGCUCCCGCCAAGGCCUCUCUGCAAUCCAUAGCCGAUACUCUGAAUCGGCUAACCCUCACAGUAGACGGCAUGGGGCAGUCAAUCGAGCGGAUGGACUGGACGCUGCAACGCCAACACCACGACAUGACGGCGUUCUUCCGCGGCGUCAACUACGUCCCGCCGCCCUUUGACAGCACCUUCCUCGGCCAAAACUAUGAAGGCGAGGACGAGGAGGAUAACUCCUAUGCACCAUCCUCCUCCCCCGACGAGGCCGACUUUGAAGAUGCGGUCGACGGCGAUCCCAUGGACUUGUAUGAAGGAAAGGUAUUUUCCUUCGGGUUGAAGUCUUGGAGUGCGGUAUCUCCGAGCAAGGUUGUUGAGGCUCGUGGGACUCGAGUUCUCAGAGGAUUCGACUCCAGAUCUGUUCUGUUCCGCUUGUACGAAAGCUCGUUGAAUAAUGUGGCUAACAUGAUGGCCAACAUUAUGGAACGGUUGGAUAAGGCUCUCCCUGGUCCAUCCGGUACCUGGGACAUCCCUGCCGGGCAACCCCGCCAGGUCCUGCGUACUGCGAGUUCUCCCAUCCUCCAGGAACUUCAUGAUCUAGAGGAGGUCGAAAGGGAGAGACAGGCCGUUGCUGGACGCCGGGCGGAGGAAUUGACCCGGAAUAGUAAGGUGAAUGGAUAUUGGGCCAAGGCUGCAAGCCAGGUCGUCGGCAAUGGAAACGAAAACCCGCGGGGAACUGUCUUUGAAAGGAUAUCUCGCCAGAAAGCUCACGUUAGUGAGAGGCUGGGGAAGAAUCCGGACAAAGCACCCCAGGAGUCCAGGGAGGUUGAAGGAACCGACGACAAAUCCAGGUUAGCCAUGUUCACGGCGGCAUUGCAGGACGGUCUCCUUCAUAGUGAUCUCACGACUCAUCCCCCGGAUACCUUUGAAGAAGCAAUGGUCUGGGCCAGAAGGUAUGUGACCCUGGAGGAGAGAAAGGAGGAGAAGAAAGAGAAGACUAUUAAAGAAGAAGAGAAGGCGGGGAAUAAGAAGCCGUUCAAGAACAAGAAGCAGGGUUUCCCGGAGGGCCUAAAGGGUACAAACCCUGGGACCCCGGAGAAGCACAAAUAUGCUAAUCCAGUCUUCACGUUGCCGGUGGCUGAGGUCAUGGCCCACGCCACACAGCAGGGACUCAUGACAUAUCCGAACUAUUCUCAGGAGGUUUGCAAUGUGGAGGACACUGGAAAAUGGUGUGCUUACCAUCGCAAGAACGAUCACAAUACAGAGGAUUGCUAUACCUUGAAGAAUGAGAUGGCGAGGCUAAUCUUCCGGGGCCAUCUGAAGAAGUUUGUACAGGAUGGUGAGGCGGGAAAUCCCGGGAACGCUCAGAAUGGGAAGCGUCGAGAUAAGGAGGUAGCCCAGGCUGAGGCACGGGAAAAACGCCACAUCGGGCUAGAAGAUGAAGAGGAGGAUUCAGAACCCACACCGCACCGCCAGAAGAGACACCACGGGUGUAACUUCAUCAUCGGAGGGAAUACUGGCGGAGAUUCAGCCACGAGCCAGAAGAAGUGGGCCAAUGCGGCGAUGGUCAACAAGGUGCUGGUCCCAGAAGGUAAGAAGCUGAAAACUGAGCCAAUUGUAUUUUCUAAUGCUGAUCUGCCAGAAACAGGAGUCCCCCAUAGGGACGCCCUAUUGAUUACUAUUGAUAUAAUGGACUUACAAAUCCAUAAAACCCUUGUGGAUACGGGAAGCUCCGUUAAUAUCAUACCCGAAUUGGAAGAUUUAGAGUGUGUCAUUUCACCUCGUCACCUGUGCAUAAAGUUCCCAACCCCCCACGGAGUUGGAAUCGCCAGAGGAUCUCAGAGAGUGUCCCGGGCGUGGUAUUUGAAGGCAACCAAACACCCUGUCAAGUAUGAUACCCAAGUGGGAGAGGUGACUGCACAGCUCUUGAGGGCUGAGGAAAGACGUCCUAUAGUAAAAGUUGCCGGUGACAUUGAAGAAGUGGAACUGGAUCCUGGCACACCAGGAAAGUUAGUCAGAAUUGGCAAGGGCCUGGGGGUUGAGCUUAGAUCACGAGUAGUCUCAGUCCUUAGGAGCUUCAGGAAGGUCUUUGCAUGGAGUCCAGCUGAUAUGCCAGGGCUGGAUCAUAGGAUUGCAAUUCAUCGCCUUAACGUCCUGCGAGAUGCUAAACCGGUGAAGCAGAAACGGAGGCAUUUGUCGCAGGAAAGGAGAGAUUUCGUGAAGAAGGAGAAGAGGGCGACCUUCGAAUGGACGAAGGAAUGUCACGAAGCAUUUGAAGAACUGAAAAGAUAUCUGGCAAGUCUACUGGUUUUAUCUAAGCCGGAACCUGGGGAUAUCCUGACUCUAUACUGGGCAAUUGCAGAUUUUGCCAUCAGUACUGUGAUUGUAAUGGAAGAAAAUGGAGCCCAACAUUCGGUCUACUACGUCAGUAAGACCUUGAGAGAUGCGGAGUUAAGGUAUUCCCGUCCGGAGAAGGCCAUGUUAGAAGUCUUCUGGACGGCGAAGAGAUUAACUCCGUACUUUCAGGCUCACCGGAUUGUUCUGCUCACUAAUGAGCCUUUGGCGUCACUUACCCAAAGCUCGGCGGCAUCGGCCCAGAUGACCAAGUGGGCAGUCUUCAUCAGUCAGUAUAAUGUGGAGUUCAGGCCGCGUCCAUCAAUCAAGGGGCAGGCACUCGCCGACUUUCAGGUUGAGUGCACCGCCAGAGAAAUGACAAGAGCCCAGGUUGGAGUCCGAGUGGAAGGUGACUGGUGGGUAAUGAGCAUCGAUGGAUCUUCUGGGUCUCGAUCUUGCGGAGCAGGUAUCGUCUUGAUCACUCCAGAAAAUUUCCGGAUUUAUUACGCUAUCAGAUUUCCGUUCCGCGUAUCCAACAAUGAAGCGGAAUACGAGGCCCUGAUCAAUGGGCUGAAGAUUCUGGGCAAGUUGGGAGUGUCUAUGGUUCAAAACGCGGAGGCUGAUGUUCUAUCCAAGCUUAGCGCGGAAUCACCAGAGUACAUAAGUAAACUAGCAACUGUUGAGGAGCUGGCAACUCCGAGUCUUAACAGAGAUGAAGUGUUCUGGGUAUCAGCUGAUCCCCCGGAAUGGUUGGACAGGUUGGCAAAAUACAUUGAAGACGGUGUAGCCCCGGAGGAUUCCCGAGAAGCCCGUUUGCUGCGGAUGCGGGCACCCACCUACAAGGUGCACGAUGGAGUCCUCUAUAAGCGAUCUUAUAACGUUGUUUUACUCCGUUUCCUCAGGGCGGCGGAAGCAAAGGCACUAAUGCAGGAAAUACACGAGGGAGUAUGUGCUGCACAUCAGGGUCCAUACUCUAUCUCUAGAAGGGCGAUUAUCCAGGGAUAUUUCUGGCCAACGAUGAGGAAGGAUUGCGAAGAGUAUGUGCGCAAGUGCCCAACCUGUCAACAAUUCCAGAAUAUGCCCGGGAGGCCAGCCACGAAUUACACGCCCAUCAGCUCUGUGAUUCCCUUCUCAAGAUGGGGAAUUGAUAUUGUGGGAGCCCUGCGAAAGGGAGUUGGACAGGCAAGGUGGAUAGUGGUGGCCAUUGAUUACUUUAGCAAGUGGGUGGAAGCUGAACCACUUGCCGGGAUAACAGGAAGGCAGAUGAUCGACUUCGUUGGAACCAAUAUACUUUGUAGGCUUGGGGUCCCGAAGCAGAUCAUAUCUGACAAUGGAACCCAAUUUGAGGAAGCAGAGUUUUGAGACUUCCUCAAAACUUGGGGAAUUCAGCAUACAAAAGUGUCUUCGACGAGGGGCACACAGCGGAAGGAGGGCCUAUUGCAUCCAUGCACUCAACAAAAAGGAGGCGGGGGCCCUUCCCAUGGGUUCCUUCUCUUCGACGAGGGGCACACAACUGG